AUGGCAACAUUAUUUUAAUGUGAUGGUGCAAAUUGCAUAGAAGCUUUUCUUGAAGUAGCAAUUUCUACUACAGCUUCAAUAAUGGCAAUAGAUGGAUUCCGAAUAAUAUUUAGAGAUCGUAAUAAAUUGUUAUCAAAAUUGAAUAAAAUUAUUUAUGGGAUAUCAAUGAGUUAAUUAAUAUUGCUUAGUACUUAUUUUAUCUUUUGGGGUAAGAUAUCAAUAAAAGUCUAGGAUCUGAUUUUGUUAUAUCGACUAUUAGAUGUCUUAGAAUUUUGAAUGAAAUUUUAUUAUGUUCUUUGCUUGCAGAAAUUGGAUUUGAAAAAAGCUUUUUAGAUAAAUUAGAAAUAUUCUUAAAGGUCUUAAGUGGUUUUGUAUUUAUAGAAUGGUUUUGGACUGCAAUUAUAUCUAAUGAAGCAUACGAGUAAAAUAUUAGAUAAAUAUAUAAGCUAUUAUUGUUNA